ACAACCAGCAAUCAUGGAACCUCUUACCAUCGUCUCCUUCCUUGUGACUUCUCUAAUUCUGUUCGCCUUUUGGGCUCUGGUAACACCAAAGACUUCCAAAAACUUGCCACCAGGACCACCAAAGCUACCCAUCAUCGGAAACAUCCACCAACUCAAAACCCCAACCCCACAUCGAGUUCUUAGAAGCUUGGCCAGGAAAUAUGGACCCAUUAUGCACCUACAGCUCGGCCAAGUCUCGACUGUUGUGGUGUCGACACCUCGACUGGCUCGUGAGAUCAUGAAGACGAACGAUAUCAGUUUUGCUGACAGACCCACCACCACGACGUCCCAAAUAUUCUUUUAUAAAGCUCAGGACAUCGGGUGGGCUCCGUACGGUGAAUACUGGAGGCAAAUGAAGAAGAUUUGUACGUUAGAGCUUCUGAGUGCGAAAAAGGUUCGAUCUUUUAGCUCUAUUCGAGAAGAGGAGCUUCGUCGUAUAGGUAAGGUUCUCGAGUCGAAAUCUGGAACACCGAUAAACUUCACGGAGAUGACGAUAGAGAUGGUGAAUAAUGUGAUUUGUAAAGCCACCCUGGGAGAUAGCUGCAAAGACCAGGCUAAGCUGAUCGAACUGCUGUACGAUGUGUUGAAAACUUUGAGUGCUUUCAAUCUGGCGUCGUAUUAUCCUCGUCUCCAGUUUCUGAAUGUCAUCUCAGGGAAGAAAGCCAAGUGGUUGAAGAUGCAGAAACAGCUUGAUGGCAUAAUGAACGACAUCUUGAAAGAACACAGAGCUGAAGGAAGAAAGAACAACGAGCAAGAAGAUCUGGUUGAUGUCCUCCUGAGGGUCAAAGAGACCGGUGGCCUGGAUUUCAACAUCAGAGAUGACGAUGUCAAAGCCGUUAUUCUGGAUAUGUUGACUGCUGGGACUGAUACAUCUUCAACAACACUUGAAUGGGCGAUGACAGAGCUCAUAAGGAACCCUGAGAUGAUGAAAAGAGCACAAACAGAAGUUAGAUCAGUUGUGAAGGGAGAUGUAAUCACAGAGACCGAUUUACAAAGCUUGCAUUACCUCAAACUGAUAGUAAAAGAAACACUAAGGUUACAUGCUCCAACGCCAUUGUUAGUACCCCGAGAAUGCCGGCAGGAUUGCAACGUCGACGGAUAUGACAUUCCGGCCAAGACUAAGAUAAUCGUAAACGCCUGGGCAUGCGGAACAGAUCCCGACAGUUGGGAAAACCCCGAAAGCUUCAUCCCGGAAAGAUUCGAAAACAGUCCAGUGAGUUACAUGGGUGCAGACUUCGAGUUCAUUCCGUUCGGUGCCGGCCGGAGAAUUUGCCCUGGACUUACGUUUGGGCUGAGUAUGGUUGAAUUCCCGCUUGCUAAUUUCUUGUAUCAUUUUGAUUGGAAGCUUCCAAAUGGAAUGAAACCCCAUGAGCUUGAUAUCACAGAAGUCACAGGGAUUUCGACAUCGCUCAAACAUCAUCUGAAACUCGUCGCCAUCCCCAAGUCGUUAGCCAAGUGAAAAGGUGUGUGUUUUUUCGUUGUUAUGGUAUUGGUCAUGUUGUCUCCGUGUACACAGACUUUGCUUGUGGUUUUUGUUAUGGAUAUGAAAUAAUAUGUUUUCGAAUUAUUUCGCUAU